AUGCAAACACGUUACCCACACUCUCCCCUCUCCUUUAUUUUCAAUAAACCCCACUGGGCCAUUGGGGACAACAUAGGUACAGAGAAGAUCCCAGCCUACGAGCCAAACCUCCCUGAACCAAAAUCCAGAGCCGAUCUCAUAAAUCACUGGUUCAACCUUUCCUUGGAUGACAAGACAGCCAAUAAGAUGCUGUGGAUCACAGAGGGAGGUGCUAAAGUGGCCCGUAUGACUGAUGAUGUCACUUGUCCCGUCUUGGAUAGACCAGAGCGAUAUGAGUAUGCUCCACAGGUUCUCUGCAAAGAAGGCAUCCUGGGCUUCCGAGGCUACUGGGAGGUGGAGUUUUCAGGGUGGGUCGUGGUCGGGGUAGCAUAUGAACGAGCAGGAAGGAGGAACAGUGAUGGAUCCUGCGGCCUGGGAGAGAACGAGGAGUCCUGGGGUCUUGGCUGGAGUGGUUCCAGCUAUCAUGCCUGGCACAACAGCCAAAAUAUAGAGAUCUUGGGGAUUCCCAAGAGCUCCACAAUUGGUGUAUACCUUGACCAGCCUGCUGGAGUCCUCAAUUUCUAUGCUGUGGAGGAGGUGAAGGAGGGAGGGGAGAGCACAGGAGGAAAGGAGGUUCAAUUUCUGCAGCAGUUUAAGAGCUCCUUUAAUGAGAAAAUGAUACCAGGUUUCUGGGUGGGGACACAGUCACACUGUUUGAUCAUAAAGAAGGAGGAAUAA